AUGAGUGCUUCAUCUGACUUUCACGGCAUCUCCCUGCACGUCACUGUCACUAUAGCACCAGAGAACGUGCCAAAAUUCCUCGAGGCAUUCAAACCAGCUUACGAGAGUGUUAUCGCCGAGCCGGAGUGUACUUUCUUUGAAGUCUAUCAAUCACCUGAUCAACCUGGUGUUCUUUCAUGGGUUGAAAAUUGGUCCAAACCGGUUGAAUGGCUUGUUCAAAAUCAGCUCACAAAGGACUACUACAAAGAUUACUUGUCAACAACAGAACCCAUGUUUUUGAAACCUCGGGAAUUCAAAGUUGUCAAGCGACUUGGAGUACCAUUUACCAUGACAAAGAAGAACAAUGGUGGGAUCAGAGACAAUUAA